AUGCUUAGCAAGGCUCAAAUCAAAUCCAGGCCAACUGUUUUAUGGUGUUACAAGCACAAGCUUGAACUGAGCAGUCAUGUAAGAAAACGUCAGAAGCAGAUUAAAAAAAUGAGGCAUCAGGGACUUUGGGAUCCUGAGAAAGCGGAUGCAUUUUCAUUGUUUGUGGAAAGUGGGAAUAUAACUUAUUGUUUAUAUAAGGAUUCUGAAAAAGUUCUCAAUAACACCUUUGGGAUGUGCAUUCUUCAGGUAUCUUACACUUCAACUAAUUCAAUAUCUUGUCCUUUCGAGGAUGUAUUUUCCCCCCAACAUAAACUAAUCGAUUUUGCCAUUAUCUUGCUUUUAGGAUUUUGA